UGAUUGCACGUGACUUGUUGCCGCAGUUCAUCGGCCGACUGGACAGAGUGAGAGUAGCUUAAACUUCCUUCUGAUCCCCCUUCCCCCUAAAAAAAAUGUCCUGGCUUCUUCUGUUUUUGUCGUCGACAGUCCUGGUGUGCAGGGCUGCCGUCUGCCCGUGUGAGAGGCCGGAGCUUUGUCGACAGAUCCGCCAGCAGAGAGACUUUGAGGUGUUUGUGUUUGACGUGGGUGGAAAGACAUGGAAGUCCUACAACUGGAGCAUGGUGACGACGGUGGCAGCGUUUGGAAAAUAUGAUCCUGAUCUCAUGUGUUAUGCUCACUCUAAAGGAGCAAGAGUUGUACUCAAAGGCGACGUACCCCUCUCCUAUGUGGUGGACCAACAAAACAGGACAGCAUGGAUAACAGAGAAGGUCAACUUGGCUAAGACUCAGUUUAUGGACGGGAUCAACAUUGACAUUGAGCAAGCAGUGGAGGAGGGCUCCCCAGAGUACCAUGCUUUGACAAACUUGGUCAGAGAGACCACUGAGGCCUUCCAUAGGGAGAUCCCAGGUUCCCAGGUCUCAUUUGACGUUGCCUGGUCACCAAAAUGUAUCGACAAACGUUGCUAUGAUUAUGUUGCCAUCGCUGAGUCCUGUGACCUGCUAUUUGUGAUGUCCUAUGAUGAACAAAGCCAGAUCACGGGCGACUGUAUCGCAAUGGCAAAUGCCCCACUCUCUCAAACACUGAAUGCAUAUGACCAGUAUUUGAACCUGAACAUCGAUCCAAAGAAGCUAGUAAUGGGAUUGCCAUGGUACGGCUAUGACUACCCAUGCCUCAACCUUUCUCAGGAGGGAAUAUGUUCUAUAGCCAAAGUUCCUUUCCGUGGAGCCCCCUGCAGUGACGCAGCUGGAAAACAGAAAACAUACAAGUGGAUCAUGCAGCAGGUCAACAUCUCAAUGUCCGGCCGGCUCUGGGACAACAAACAGCAAGCGCCUUACUUCAGUUACAAGGACCCAAAAGGACAGAUUCAUCAGGUUUGGUAUGAUGACCCACAGAGUAUUUGUCCCAAGGCAGACUAUGUGAAAACUAAAGGUCUGAGGGGCAUUGGUAUGUGGAACGGCAACAUCUUGGACUACAGCGAUGAAGCGGUAGCCAGGGAACAGACCACACUGAUGUGGAAUGCACUCUUGGGAUGCUAGCUGGGAGGCGGGUUAACACUGCUGCAGACUUUUACAUCAGCUCUGAGCCUGCUGUUUGUUGCUAAGUCAAUAUAUCCCUUUGUAACAAUAAUGGGGUGUUACUUCCCUCUGAGUUCAGGGAUGCAUACUUGCACUUCAGAGUUUAUUGUGGUUUUUAUUGCUGUUGUCUUUGAAUGUGGUUACGUCUCAGACGUUCCUCUCUGCCAACUGAAAGAACUGCGAUUCUGUGAAAAAGGCAAUGAAUCUCAAUGUGAUGUACACAAAGACAGUAUUUGUGAUUCAUACUGAGCUUACUGAGAUCUGUGCACUUUAUAUUUUAUAUAAAUAAAACAUUUUCUGGUCAAUCUGUAAA